GAGGAAGGUGGUGCGUGCUGGUUUAGGUAGUUCGGAAGAGAGGGGCUGUGGAUCUGUGCAGCACUUCCAUUCAAUGUGAAUGCAGUGUCCCCUGUGGGAUGCAGUAGGUGAUGCCCAGCUCUACUGCAAUGGCAAUUGGAGCGCUCUCUAGUUCUCUUCUUGUUACCUGCUGCCUCAUGGUCGCCCUCUGUAGCUCCAUGAUACCUGUACAAAAACUGGCCAAGGCUCAAGACAAACAGGAGAUAAAGGUGAGCCAGGAAAAGAGGGAUCACACAUCUACAAGGGACAGGCAGACAAGCCCAGGGAAAAUGAAUGAGAUCGGCAGGAGCGGGAGGGAGGAGGGUAGCAGGGACUGGAAGAGCAAAGGAAACAGGAGCUACUCCAGCAAGGAGUCUUGGACUAAGCAAAAGCAGGCUUGGAACAGCCAGGGAAUGAGCAGUAAAUCCAGGAGCAUUGAAGUGCGAGAGCAAAGGGAUGCUGAUCUUGAGGAACCUCAAGUGGCCGAAGAUUCAUCUCUCCCAGAAGGUGUCACAGGUGUCACUCCGGAGCCUCCAGAGGAGUAUGCCUAUCCAGACUACCGUGGGAAAGGCUGUGUGGAUGAGAGUGGCUUUGUCUACGCCAUUGGGGAGAAGUUUGCACCGGGCCCCUCUGCCUGCCCCUGCCUCUGCACUGAAGAGGGCCCGCUGUGCAUACAGCCUGAGUGCCCCAGGCUCCACCCUCGCUGUGUUCAUGUGGACACCACCCAGUGCUGCCCGCAGUGCAAGGAGAGGAAGAACUACUGCGAGUUUCGAGGGAAAACCUACCAGACCUUAGAGGAGUUUAUGGUUUCUCCCUGUGAGAAGUGUCGCUGUGAAGCCAACGGUGAAGUGCUCUGCACUGUCUCAGCUUGUCCCCAGACUGAGUGUGUGGAUCCGGUGUAUGAGCCUGACCAGUGCUGUCCUAUCUGCAAAAACG